UCAGCCAAUCAGAUCGUUACGCAUAAUUAGGCACAGAGACACUUCGAUCGGCGGCCAUGUUGUCCCACAAAUAAACUUGUGGGAAGUCUGUAAGGCAGACCAAACUUUUGGGCGAAAUGGUUUUGCGAUGCGCUUGGGGGACCUGUAAUGUUGAUGAGAGGUACCCAGAGAGGUUAGAAAAUGGGGUAAAGCUUAUUUUGUUCCCCAAACCUAAGACUAAUCUUGAGAAAUGCCUUCGUUGGAUCAAGGCAUGCGGGCGCCCACACGACCAGCUGAACGUCCAGCGGAUAAAUAAACAUAAAGCAGUUUGUUCAAAGCAUUUCGUUGGAGGUAAUGGACCAACUGUGCAGUUUCCAGAUCCAAUACUAGCUGAUGGCUCAGUUCUUCGGCCAACAAGACCACCUCUCAAACGGACUUAUUCUGAAAAUCACACAGUACGUGUCAUCAAAAAAGAGAAUUCUAAGUAACAUGGAUGGAGAAGGCAGUGUGGAUUCAAUUUCAAUGGAGAAUGCGAACAACAGUAGCAAUAUUGCUGUACAAACAGAAGAACCUUGGGUUUCUGGGAUUGAUAUGUUUGCAAUGGCUGCUGAACUACACAUGUUAAGAGAAAAAGAGAAGCAGUAUAAAGACACCAUCUGCAAACUGGAAACAGAAAUAAAAGAGCUUAAAGAUCAACAGAAAUCUGAAAAUCAGAAGCCAACAUUUGGAGUUGAUGAAGU